GAAAGUUACUCUUCUCUCCUCACGCACGCUGCCCCCUCAGACCUCACCCUUUUCUGUUUCGUUUGCUCAUGGCUUAAACGCUGUCCACUAUCUCAUCUCAGCCAAACCUUUCACCUCUUCUCUCUUUCUCUCUCUGUUCAUAGUCUCUGCCGCCUCAAGUCUUGGCCUCUAAAGCCUGGUAUUCUGAAGAGAGAGAGAGAGGCUACUAGGAGCUGAGGCUGAGAGGUCGUGUUGGUAGCCGGAGACCGGAGUGAUUAGACUCAUCCAUAGCUGUUGGCAUAUUCACAUUUUGAAAUUGGAACUCAGGAUUUUGAAGUAGAGAAUAGCUUAGCUUGAGACAUAGAGAUCUCAGACAUGGUGGGGCUUAUUGGGAGACUUUGGAAUUUACAAUAUAAGAGUAUAGUGAAAGAAGCAUCAGGAAAAACCCUUGCAGUGACAAAGUUCUUCUGCGUCCUUCACGUCACCAACACUUACCUCUGCACCUUUGCCCUCGCCUAUGGUCCCAGCAUGAUCCCGACCUUCAAUCUAACCGGCGAUAUGUUCCUAGCGGAGCGGCUCUCCAUCAAAUUUGGCAAAGUGAGCCCUGGGGAUAUUGUCCUCUUACGCUCUCCUGAAUCUCCUCGAAAAGUCAUGGUGAAGCGCUUGUUGGGAUUGGAGUCUCAUUCUGUCACCUAUGUUGUUGACCCCAUGAACAGUGAUAGAUGUGACACUAUUGUGGUUCCAAAGGGACAUGUUUGGGUAGAGGGAGACAACAUCUAUAAUUCCAGAGAUUCAAGACAAUUUGGUCCUGUUCCUUAUAGUCUCAUUGAAGGCAAAGUAUUCUGUAAGAUAUGGCCUCCUAAAGAGUUUGGAUCACUGAUGAAGAGCGGAAUGAAGGAUCCAGAUUUAUAAGAACCUUUUCAUUUGCAGGUGUCAUAUCUCUAAAGUUCAUAAUUGCUUACAAUUUCAGACAGGAGCAUUAUCAGCUGUGGGUUUGGAUUUUCUACAUUGUUUACUGAGUCUAGCUAAGAGCCUUGUAACUUAGUGAGUGACAUUACCUUGUCUCCUUUACGAGGAGAAUCAAGGGCUGAAUCCCUCUACCUCACUUGUUAACAAUUUAAUUAUAAAAAACAAAAAACAUUGUUUACAUUGUCUCUGUUUGCUGGAAUGCUAGUGCUAAAGCCUAUGAAGUAAAUUAGAUUUGUUAUUAUUGAACUCAAUUGAAAGAUUAUUGCUUCCUAUGAAUUGAACUAAUUCACAGCUUUGAUCCCCUUUUUGUUGCCACCAUGUUGUCAAACGGAAGGGAUAUGGGAAUGUGGGAAUGUAAAAAAGGUAAAAUAUUUGCAUUUGUCUUUAUGAAAAUGACAUGCAUUUGUUAAUUUAAGACUUGGGAUAAAUUUUCUAGUUAUUCACAUAUUGUCAUUAAAAGGCUACAAUGAGAGUACUCUCGUUAUAUCUAUGGACUGUUUCAACUUGUGUACACCAAAUACUUAUGUAGCAAGAAUAUGGCGACAAUUGAAUCAAGAUACACUUUCAUUGGAAAAAGUUAAUCAAUGAUAUGCAACUUUGCAUACAAUAAUCAAAUAAUUAUUCCCCUAAUUAUUGGAUUUAAGAAAGCCAGCAAAAUGUGUAUGAAAUCAAAUCACUAGCCCCUUUUGGCAUAAACUUACUACGUACUCUGAUGCCUUUUGAGCUUUAAGGCAAGGAACACCCGCCUUUGGGUCUGAAGUGAGCAUCAACAAAGUCAAACUGAGAUUAUUUAAUUAUAAUAUAUUCAAUUUCACAAUAAUACAUAUCUUUAAUGAUAUUUUCCAAAAUGAACUUUUAAUUUUUUGAAUUAGGAAUCUUCGAUAGCAAGGUUGAACCCAUUAGUCAUAGCAAAUACAUUGCACUCCACAAGUUUUUUAUAGCUAUAUGAUGUAUUUGAUUUUUUUUUUUACUUAGUAUAAAUUGUUCUGUAAUAGAUGAUUUUGUUAUUUAUUCUAAUUUGUAU